AUGGCGAGUCCGCAUCCUCCGUACCCUCACCCGGGGCCUUCGUCCUACUUCCAUCCUCCACCGCCUCCUCAACUGCCCUAUAAUGCCCCCGGUCCUGCACCGUAUUAUCAGUACCAGGUACCGCCCAUGAACGGACAUUCGCCAAUGCAUCAGCCAGCAUCCCCAAGGUUGAACGGUACUGGCCGAGGGAGAUUCAAUCAAUUGCACAGAGGUGGUGUGCCUAACUAUCCUCAUUACCAGGCUAUGCCGCAUAUGCAUCCGCCGCCGCCGCCGCCGCCACCCAUGCAGUCUCCACCUACCUCUCCCCAGGUCCCAUACACUCACCCGCAAAAGUAUUCCCCGCAUAUGUCUCAAGUCCCAUAUUCGCCACCAUACCCUCAAUUGAACGGACCAUAUCCACCUGCAUGGUCUACUCAGACCUUGUCACCUUUACCAAAACAGCUAUCCAUGCCUCCUCCCGUAUUCCUUCCUCAGCCUCAGCCUCAGCCUCAGGCAGUACAAGAAACCCAAAAGGUUCAAGCAGUGCAGGACGAGCAGACAGUCCAGGAGCCGGUAGCAUCAUCCGCUGACACUAGCCAGAGCGUCUCAUCGCCACCACGACCAUCUCCGUCGUCUCCUCAACCCGACUCAGUUCAAUUUGAAGUAGACAGCGAAAGCUUGUCGUCAUCUCAAAGUGAACCUCCCAAGCCAAUGGCUGACACCUUGAGCUGGGUAGUGUGGUCCCGACGACCCCAGGAUCCUUCUCGUGCGCCUGGCAUUAUCAUAUCGUCUCGAGCAUACCCACCCGAGCACAUUCUCCAAGACGCAGUUGACCUCCCUUCUCCUCCCGUGUCUCCACAGCUACGGUCGUUGAAGCUCCCGCUGCAACAGCUCGCGCUGCUUGAGGGUACUACAUCCGCUGCACACGAAGAAACAGACGAGUCACCGGAGCCUGCGCACGUCGCUUCGUCUUCUGCUACCGAGACUACUCCAGCUUCUCUCACGCCGGCUGACACGCCCAUGCCAGGCUCACCGCUGUCAUCUCUCACAUCCGUUUCUAUUGCUGGUGCUUCUCCUUCUGGUGUAGAGAAGAGCUUGACCCCAGCUGAGCCUCAGAGCAAGGUCGUAACUGCACCUUCUGAAACGGUUCGGGCUGAAGCAGUCUCGACUCCUACGUCGGAAACAGCGUCUGCGAAGGCUCCGGCUGACGCAGCGCCGCCAGCGUCCCCUGCCGCACCUGCACCGUCGGCAAAGCAUGCUCCCCUCACGAAGUCAUGGGCAUCCUUACUACAGUCCAGUGGCAGCGCGGCGUCUUCGUCGAAGUCUCGCCUUCCCGUGUCUUCCGUCAUCGGAUUUUCUAUCCCUGCUGGCUCCACGUCGAGCUCCCCGACGGCGCCGGGUGCGCAUUCGCACCGCAACGACGUGCUUAACGUCUUGAAUUCCCUGCCUUCGGCCUCGAAUAUUCCGCUCAAAAUAACCCCGCGUGGGCUCGUCAAUACUGGCAACAUGUGCUUCGCGAACGCGGUACUGCAAGUGCUUGUGUACUGUCCGCCAUUCCACAAGCUCUUCAAAGACCUCAGCAAGUACCUUCCAGGCCCUGUUGCAGGGUCGCAGAAACAGGCGACGCCGUUACUUGAUGCGACGAUCCGGUUUAUGAAGGAGUUCGCGCCGCCGUCGGUUGGAGAUGCUUCUAGCAAGGGGAAGGAGCGGGAGGACGACGAUUUUUACGAGCCUGAGUCCUUCAUCCCGUCGUAUGUAUAUGAUGCGAUGAAGGAGAAGAAGCGGUUCUCGAGUAUGAUCACUGGUCAUCAAGAAGACGCCGAAGAAUUUUUGGGCUUCUUCCUCGACACCCUCGAGGAGGAGCUGCUCUCACUCGCUGCUCCACCAUCCUCUAAGGCAAGAGCCACCGAAGAACACGAGGGUGGGCCACCGCAUGACGAUGGCUGGUAUGAAGUGGGCAAGCGGAACAAAUUAGUUUCCACGCGAACGAUCAAGUCAACAGACUCACCCAUAACUCGCAUAUUCGGUGGCAAAUUCCGAUCUACCCUCAGAGCUCCUCAUCAGAGAGACUCGGUCAUUGUUGAGGACUGGCGGUCAUUGCGACUUGAUAUUCAGCGGGAUCAAGUAAACUCGAUCACGGAUGCGCUGCAGCAUAUCUCGCAUCCACAAGCUGUACAGAUCUCUUCUCCAACGAGGCCCGGCGUCGUCAUCGAUGCCAGCCAACAAGCCCUCAUCGAGUCCCUACCCCCGGUUCUGAUCUUGCAUCUCAAGAGAUUCCAUUAUGACACUAACGUCGGCGACGUCGUCAAAAUCGGGAAGCAAGUAGCAUUUGGUCCCGACUUAGAGAUCGGACCAGACCUCAUUGCGCCUACCCGACGGACGACGCAUCCCAUCAAAUAUCAGCUAUUCGGAGUACUGUAUCACCAUGGCCAAUCGGCACACGGGGGCCACUACACGCUGGACGUUCUGCAUCCGAACCGUGACCUGAGCGACAGGCCACGUCAAGCUUGGAUACGCAUCGACGACGAGCUCGUAUCCGACGUCCGUCCGGAAGACGUCUUCAACGGCAUGGACCGCGACGAUAGGUGUGCAUAUCUGUUGUUCUACAGGAGGGUCGGCGGUUGGGGCCCAGCACGGACAUAG